AUGACUUGGCCAAGUCCUUUUAGAAAGAGGGAUGAAAACACCCGAACAUGCUGGGGCUAUACUUUCCAGUUGACGCCGGAGCACCUGACUCCCGAACAGGCCCAUCCGAUGAAAUACUCAUAUGAUGUGUUAGGAGAAGAAUGCUACGAUAUUCUGAAUCAAAUCAGCCCCCCGGAAUCGAAGCCUUCAAACAUAGUGGACUCGCAGCUACAAAAGCUAGGCGAGCACGAGAAGGGCUCUCCGCCAAAGCCAAAGCCAAAGCGAGAUCUCUAUCUCCUCCUGAGAGAUAACGUCGACAGACAUGAAAAGCUGAAGCAGUUCUGGGAUGAAGUCACGACAGUCCCGGACUGGGUGGACUGGGACCAGAUUGCCCGAGGACAGGACGUCUUCUACCGCUACGGAGGCGCCACCAUGACUGGCCUAGCAUACCAAUCUCUCCUCGGAGGCAUGGGCGCCAAUCGAGUCGUCGAGGUCCUUGCCCGCACCGGCGGAUUCUCCGUCAGAGUGGCACGGCGCCGCCUGUUCGAAACAACACAGCACAUCCUCGAAUGCACGCGGUCCAUCGACUCGAUCAAACCAGGCGGCGCAGGCUUUGCCUCGAGCCUCCGCGUCCGGCUCCUCCAUGCCGCAGUCCGACAGCGCAUCAUGGCACUGACCAAGUCCCGUCCUGAAUACUACAGCACCGAGAAAUACGGGAUCCCCAUCAACGACCUCGACUGCAUUGCCACCAUCGGCACCUUCUCGGGGACUAUCAUCUGGCUCUCCCUGCCUCGACAGGGGAUCUGGCUCCGCGAGCAGGAAAUACUCGACUACAUCGCACUCUGGCGUCUGAUUGCGCAUUACGUAGGCACGCCGACCGAGUGGUUCGAGACCCCCUCGCGCGCCAAAGCCAUGAUGGAAUCCCUCCUGAUGAACGAGAUCAACCCGUCGCAAACGUCGCAGACGCUCGCGGCCAACGUCAUUCGAUGUCUCGAGGCGCAGCCGCCCACGUACGCGUCGCGGGCUUUCCUCGAAGUCAAUGCCCGCUGGCUCAAUGGGAAUGAACUCUGCGAUGCACUCGCGUUGGGCCGGCCGUCGGCAUGGUACUGGGCCCUGAUGGCGGGGCAGUGCAUCUUCUUCAUGUCCAUAUGCUACUUUUACCGCUCGAUUCCGGCGCUGGACAGGCGGAAAGUCGCGGCGUUACGCUCUGUGUUCUGGGCACUGAUUGUCGAGGGCAAAUCUGGGCUCGGCGGCCAGGAGAGCGUCUUUGACUUUAAGUAUGUGCCGGAUUUCCAUGUGCUUACGGCGCGAGGCGGGGAUGAGCAGGCCGAGAUGAAAGAGGUUGGCAUUGAGAGGAGGAAUUUGAAUACGCUGCUCAUUGCAACAGGAUGUCUUGUUGCUGUUGGGUGUGUGGGAGUUAAGAUCUCGUUGGGUGUAUUCAGUAGAAUUUUCUAG